AAGCCCUAUGGGCCACAGAGGCGCUAGCAAAAUCACGGAGCUGGGACCUUACCACCUCUCUCUCUCUCUCUCUCUUUCUCUGGCCGUCAGCGGACUCCUUUCUCUGCACACGUCUUUCCCUGAAAUGUGUGUGUGCACGACAGAGAGAGCAGGAAUAAAGUGUGUGUGUGCGUGUGAGGGUGCAUGUCCGGAGCAAGUAAAGGCAGGGGGAUUAUUCGGCGCUAUCGAAAUAUUUCAACACGUCGCCCUCGCUGCAGGACUGAAGCCAAUAAGAAGGAACGCAUUUUAACAGGAAUGCCGAUAUUGUAAACAGCAGCAGAAGAGAAAGAAUGCGCCGCAGUCAAUUAAGUGACUCACCCGAGUUGCUUUAAUUCGACUAAUGUCCGCGAGCCAGCGAGACGCAGAGAGGUGUCCGAUGCGCGUCAGUCUCUGAAGUAAAUCGCUCUCGCAGCACUUGUGAAGAAUCAUGGAGAACUUUUUUGACAUUUCUCUUUGCUGACUUUUGAUACAAAUUCAACAAACGACUGUAAAGAUUUCCCACAGCUUGUGAAAAUACUUGGAAUCUUAUUUCAGCAGCUUUAAGGAGGAAUUUCCAAAGCGUUUCAACUUUGUUUUUCCUCUUUUUUUUUUUAUUGUUUGCUCCUUUUGAGCGCAGACUUCUCUGACGCUAGAAACACUCUCUCCAAAUCAAACCAGUCGCCUCCAUUCGUAUCCAGCUCUUGGAUGAACUUCCUGAUGAGAGAUCCAGUCAUACAGGGAUCAAGUAUGGCAUAUCAUCCGUUUAUACCUCACCGGGGUCCGGAAUUUGCCAUGAGUGCAAUGCUGGGGCACCAGCCUCCGUUCUUCCCGGCCCUGGCUCUGCCUCACGGCGGUUCGCUCUCUCUGCCGGGCGCGCUGGGGAAGCCGAUCAUGGACCAGCUGAUGGGAGCCACGGAGACCGGCCUCCACUUCUCCUCGCUGGGGCACCAGGCUGCUGCCGCCCACCUCAGGCCUCUGAAGACCUUGGAGCCUGAGGAGGAGGUGGAGGACGACCCCAAAGUUCACCUGGAAGCCAAGGAGCUCUGGGAACUGUUCCACAAGAGGGGCACUGAGAUGGUGAUCACCAAAUCCGGAAGACGGAUGUUCCCCCCCUUUAAAGUAAGGUGCACCGGUCUGGACAAAAAGGCCAAAUACAUUCUCUUGAUGGAUAUUGUUGCAGCCGACGACUGCAGGUACAAGUUCCACAACUCGCGCUGGAUGGUGGCCGGGAAGGCCGACCCCGAAAUGCCAAAGAGGAUGUACAUUCACCCGGACAGUCCGGCUACCGGCGAACAGUGGAUGUCAAAAGUCGUCAAUUUCCAUAAACUCAAGCUGACGAACAACAUCUCCGACAAGCAUGGAUUUGUAAGUUCAACUAAUACCAUACUAAACUCCAUGCACAAAUAUCAGCCUCGCUUUCACAUCGUGAGGGCCAACGAUAUCCUCAAACUCCCCUACAGCACCUUCAGGACUUACGUUUUCCCUGAAACGGAUUUCAUAGCCGUGACUGCUUAUCAGAAUGACAAGAUAACACAGCUGAAAAUUGACCACAAUCCAUUCGCCAAAGGAUUCCGUGACACUGGCAAUGGGAGACGGGAAAAGAGGAAACAGCUGGCUCUGCAGUCCAUUCGUUCAUACGAGGAGCAGCAGAAAAAGGAGAACGGCGCUUCAGACGACUCCUCUGGAGAGCAGGCUCCCUUUAAGUGCUUCGGCCAGGCCUCGUCCCCUGCCGUGUCUACUGUGGGCCCCCCACACCUUAAAGAUUUCUGUGACAGCGACGAGGACAGCGACGAUGAGAGCAAAGAUGGACAACUCAAAGAUGGUCCGGACUCCAGCAAGAUUUCCACGACCACGGAAGACGGGAAGGACCACGAGGCGAGCCCAGUUAAGGGGCAUGCCUUCGGCAACAGUGACAGUACCAGCAGGAGCAGGGACAGCAGCGCGAGGACUGAGAAAAGCCAGGCGGACUCGCGGCAGAGCCCCAUUACGCUCAUCUCAAGCACCACGCGCUCUGGAGAUGAGCUGAAGAGCCCGAGCCUGGAGCAGCCCAAAGCGGACGAUUGCAGGCCGAUAAGCAAAGACAGUUUCAUUCCUUUAUCUGUGCAGACUGAAAGCGCGCACAUAGGCCACGGACACUUGCAUAAUUUUGGAUUUCCAACGGGCCUCACAGGACAGCAGUUUUUCAAUCACCUUGGGGGCGCGCACCCGUUUCUCUUGCACCCAAGUCAGUUCAACAUGGGAGGUGCGUUCUCAAACAUGGCUGCGGGCAUGGGGCCACUACUGGCAGCUGUUUCCACGGGAGGGGUGAGCACCAUGGACACGACCAGCAUGGCAUCAUCCCCGCAAAGCUUGGCGGGAGCGCCGGGCCUGCCCUUUCAUCUGCAGCAACAUGUCUUGGCAUCACAGGGCCUUGCCAUGUCUCCGUUCGGCAGUCUGUUCCCCUACCCUUACACGUACAUGGCAGCAGCUGCAGCCGCUUCCUCCGCAGCCUCCUCUUCGGUGCACCGGCACCCCUUCCUUAACGCAGUGCGACCCCGACUCAGGUACAGCCCUUACUCCCUCCCCAUGACGGUACCGGACAGCACCCUGCUCACCAUGGUCGGCAGUGGGGUUGAUCUAAAGGGGGACGGAAUAGUCCCCGCGAGCCCCGUGUCCGGUGUCACCCUGGAUUCCACGUCGGAGGUGACCAGUCACUCGUCGACUAUUUCCUCCGGCUCCCUUUCAUUGUCCCCAAAAACUUGCACCACGGAGAAGGACGCCGCCAACGAGCUGCAGAGCAUACAACGCCUGGUCAGUGGACUGGACUCGAACCAGGACAGGCCACGGAGCGGGUCCCCCUAGGCUUUUCUUCUUUUUUUUUCUUUCCUUUUUUUUUUUGUGAACGCACCACCUUCUUGUUUCGUUGUUGUCAUGAAAAGUGAAAAGUGUUGACGGUGAUGAAGACAAACAUUAGGAGGACUCCCUCGUAGAUUCAUGCAGCUUUUAAAGAGGAAAAAAAAUAGAAAAAGAUGAACUGUUCGACGUUUUAGUUUCUGAAAUGCACUUUGGUUAAUACACAUCUGAUAUGUAUAUUUUUUAUUUGAUUUUGUUAAAUUAAACAACACUUUUAUCCUGUCAUUUGAAUACCGUACAAGUAUUGAAACUAAAAAGUUGGCAUGGGUGUGACUUAAGAGAUUUUUAGGAGAAGUUGCUGCUGUGUCCUAUCUCCUAAAACUUUCAUUGUACAUGGGGAGAAAUGUGGUUUAAUAUGCACUCUAAAUUAAUAGGACUUCUUUGAAUUCACUACCAUUGAACCUACCUUGGAAAGACUGCUGUAUUUUGUUAACUCAUUCUUUGAUUGGCCAAAAGAUGCAUGCCCCCUAAAACCCCAACGAAUGUUGUUUUAUCACUAAAAACUGACACGAAAAGUAUGAAAAAUAUUCUCUCUUUUCCUUUAAAAAUUUUUCUCCUUUACGUUUAAAAAGUUCUUAACAUGAACAUGUUUUACUUCAUGCCUUUUUCAAAUCAGAAUAUAGGCCUGGUGCUGCGUUAAAAAAGAAAGAAACUUUGGCCCAAGCAUGCGCAAUUCAGCCCAAAUGUCCAGCAGGCAAAGGGAAGCAGAAAUUUAAAUACUGGAAAUAAUGAAUGGUAGUAUUGAAUAAAAGGUGUACAUAGGGAUAUAUACAAUAUUUAUGUAAUUAUUUCAUAUUGUAAUUGCGUGUAAAUACAACGGAGUAGUUUGUUUUUAGGGAUUUGUUCUAAUUUAUUGUCGAUAUACCUGUGUAAAGAUAGUUUGUGGGAUAUUAUCCUUUUGUUGCCAUCUACAUUACCCCCCACCCCCCUCCCCCACCCCUAAAAUAUGGACUUUAUUCCUCCACCCAAAUAUCCACUGAGCUAGUUAUUCACACUCAUGUGCCAUUGUAUUUUUUUAUUUUCAUUGUCCCCGUGUGAAGUGCUACUGUUUCAAAACGAAUGACAAAGCGACAACGCACUGCACCAAUGGCUUGAGAUUUUUUUUUUUUUUUUUUUUUUUGGACAAAAGAAAACAGAAGUGUUGUUUAAGUGUGAAAAAAAGUGGACUUUUUUUUUCUGUUAAAAUAUUUUCGCGUUAAAGUGCCGCAUUAUCGAAAAGAUGAAGGUUUCUUUUUUUUUGUUUUCCUUAAGUUGUCAAUGAGUUCUGUUGUAUUGGAGUUAUGUCUAGUUUACGACAUCGACAUCGUGUUCUUGAAAGUUUCAAUAAAAUAUUUAAAUGCC